UUUGGCCCCGGAAUAGCGAAACAACUACGCGAUUCGAAGAAAGAGCUCGAAUCAACCAAAAGGGAUACUGAUACCUGCACCUACUGGUGCGAGCAUCCGGACUUCAAGGGGAUGCCGGGUAAAGAGGACUGGGGUUAGCUAAAACCGAACAUGUACGUGAUCGGUCAUGUUGUGUGUAGGUGGUGAUGUUUCAACACUGACCUUUCCAGUUCCACAUGUGUCUCUCAAACCUCUAAACCAUUACUGGUGGAGCUCUUCAAGCUUGACCGUGCAGGACUAUGAACUCGUCAGAAUCUGGGAUUCCUUAACGUUCGAGGACGAUGUGGAAGAUGAACUGGCUCUAUCGUUGUGCGCCAGUGGAUCUCUGAGUGAGAACCAAACCCGUCAAGCAUUGCAAGUUGCUACCAGUGGUGAGAUUGCAAGGUUGCAGUCAUCGGCUCUUGGUCUACAUGAGGAGUCAAGACCCUCAUCCAUUACUGAGCCGGAACCGAAGGUGAAGAAACCACCAAACACCCAGCGACUAGUUGCUUCUAAGAUUUCUGCCCUGAGUGCCAAGAAUGCAGAGAUCAUGUCGUGGGAUUCCAAAGUCAACGAGAGUGACAAGCUGUCCGACACUCUGAAGAGUGGAUUUGCCAAGGAGUUGGCAGCCCGCAAAAAGGACUUGGACACCUGCAAGGUCAACUUGGAGAGCCUGUAUGCCCAACGCUUGGAUGAUUUGAAGGACCGACCAGAGUUGCUCUCCAAGGUGAAUGGUGCUAUCCGUUCUUGUGAUGCUGCCUUGACCAGCUACAAUGGGACCCUGAAAUCCAUCAAGUUGGCCAUUGUACCACCUACGCCAAAGGUGCCAAAGGCGAAGUCGAAAGCCCCUCCACCGCAACUGCCCAGCGGUGAAGCACCUGCUCCAUGAGGGGCAUUUCAUCCUGAGAGAUCUGAAUCUGAGCUGUAAGCACAGAAGUCUCAAGUCGGAGACCUGUGUGUGUGGUUUGUGCUUGGAGACUGAUGGCAAUAUAUCUGAACAUAAAUUA